AUGGCCGCUGAGAUUGAAGCCGCCAAAAAGGCAGCCGCCCUUGAAGCUGUGAAGAACCACUUCCCCUCCAAUCCGCGCUUCGUGGGAAUUGGCUCCGGCACGACCAUCGUCUACGUGGUGGAAGCGAUCAAAACCUGCGGCGUGGACGUCUCAAGAGUCGGCUUUGUACCAACAGGAUACCAGUCCAAACAGCUUAUCAUAAAUGCGGGCUUGGUUCCGAUUGAAUUCGAUGCUCUGCCAGACGAUGCCAUGAUCGAUAUUAAUUUCGACGGGGCAGACGAGGUGGACGACGAGUUGAACUGCAUCAAGGGUGGAGGUGCUUGUCUGUAUCAGGAGAAACUGGUCGCUAUGAGGUCAAAACAAUUUGUUUGUGUCGCUGACUAUCGCAAGCUCCAGCGCCGCUUAGUUACCAAAUGGCCGACCAUUCCCAUAGAGGUCGAACCAAAGGCCGCCCGGCAGGUCAUGAAGAGACUACGAAUGCUCGGUAGUCGCAACGCAUUAGGCGCAGGUCCGAUGAUCAGAGAGGGCCACCUCGCGAAAGCCGGCCCGGUCAAGACGGAUCAAGACUUCUUCAUCGUCGACGCUCCUUUCCCUCAUCCACUCCUGAUCGCCGACGACCUCACACCCGAGAUGCCGGGCGACGGGGAGAAUGGAUUUUGGGAGGUGGAACAGCUCGCUCGAGCCAUCAAGGACAUCAAUGGGGUGCUUGCCGUGGGCCUUUUCUGUGGUCCUACCGGUCCUGAGGCUCUGGCGGCGGGGGUCAUCGGCGGCCAGAGGCCCAUCGCCUGUUAUUUUGGCAUGGCCGACGGCAGCGUGUCGGUGCGAACAGCUCGACAUAAGCGGGACUCCAUUAUCGCCAAAUACCCGCCGUUAGUCCCUGUGCAUAGCUCUGAGCCCGACGUUGUGGCGCCAGCACCUUAA